GGGAAAGAGAUAAAUUCUGAACAAGUGUAGCCAGUUCAGCUGUAAAGAACAGACCUACUAACUUCAGUCUCUUUGAUUCAAGCACGUGUAAUUUUACUCGAUAUUCCAACCACUAAGUAAGGAUUAUUAUAAACAAUUUAAGAUAAAAAUUUACAAUGAAAACACAAAAAUGGGAAGAAUUAGAUGUGCGGUUAAGUGAUCCUGUUUUAAAAACACUUAAACAGUUGAAAUAUUUCAAUAUGACACCAGUUCAGGCAGCUUGUAUACCAUUAUUAUUAAAUGGUAAAGAUGUUGCAGCAGAAGCAGUCACAGGUAGCGGAAAGACACUUGCUUUUCUCAUUCCAUUGUUGGAAAUAUUACAGAGGCGGUCAGAAAAAUGGAAGACUAUGGAAAUAGGAGCGAUAAUAAUUAGUCCAACAAGAGAACUAGCUUCACAGAUUAGCAAAAUUUUGGAUACAUUCUUGGAAAAUAUUCCAUCAUUGAAGCAAGUAUUGCUGGUUGGAGGAGGACCACGUGAAAGAGAUGUGGAGAAAUUGAAGAGAGGAGUAAAUAUUAUUGUCUCUACACCUGGUAGAUUGGAAGACAUCUUCUCAAAUUGUAGUUCUAUAAAUUUAGGUUUUUGUGUAAAAUCUUUGGAGUUUCUUGUAUUAGACGAAGCAGAUAGAUUAUUAGACUUCGGUUUUUCUGGAACUUUAGACAUCAUUUUGAGCUAUUUGCCGCGUCUUAGAAGGACAGGACUAUUUUCUGCAACACAGACAAAAAAACUGCGGGAAUUGAUUCGAGCAGGAUUGAGAAAUCCAGCACUGAUCAUUGUAAAAGAGAAGUCUAACGUCUCGACGCCUAUAAAUUUGAACAAUAGCUACACAAUCGCUCAGCCUGACAAUAAGUUAUCAGUAUUGAUAAAUUUUAUACGUUUAGUGGGAUUUGAAAUGAAAUAUAUGAUAUUUUUUUCUACAUGUGCGUGUGUGGAUUACUUCAGUCGAGUUAUAAAAAUAUUAUUGCCGUCUAUAAACAUAUUUGCCUUACAUGGUAAAAUGAAGAACGAAAGAUAUAAAGUGUUUGAGCCAUUUCGACGUGCCCAAAGUGGUAUUUUAAUCUGUACAGACGUAAUGGCUCGUGGAAUCGAUAUACCAGAGGUAGACUGGGUGUUACAAUAUGACCCUCCUUCCACCGCCAGUAGUUUUGUCCAUAGAUGCGGUAGAACCGCGCGGAUUGGAAAUGAAGGAAAUGCAUUGUUAUUUCUUUUAGAAACAGAAGAUGCAUAUGUAGACUUUAUUAAAAGAAAUCAGAAGGUAGAAUUGCAAAAAACAGAAACAAAACUGGACGAGGACACCGUGAAAGAAUGUUUGCAGCAAAUGAGGCAGCUGCAGCUAAAGGACCGACUUAUAUUCGACAUAGCAAAUCGCGCAUUUGUUUCAUACAUACAAGCAUAUAACAAACACGAAUGUAAUUUAAUUCUUCGAUUAAAAGACAUUGAUUUGGGAAAGCUGGCAAUGGGCUUUGGGUUGUUGAAAAUGCCAAAAAUGCCUGAGCUCAAAGGAAAGGACGUGUCGUUCUUCGUCGGCCCUGACAUUGAUGUGAACACGAUAUCUUACGUAAACCAGCAACGCGAGCUGCGUAGAAUGGAAAAAUUGACGAAAUAUCAAAACACCGGCGUUUGGCCGGUUAAUCUGAAACGUAAACAGAAGCAAACCGAAUCCUGGUCGGAAAGCAAAAAAAGAAAACUUGAGAAGCAGGAGAAACGAGGUAAACGGAAGGAAAAGAGGAAAUUAAAGCAACAGUUUACAACAACAGUUUCGGUUAAAAAGAAGAAGAAACGAAUAAGCGAGGAAGAUUUUGAGGAAUUAGCAAAAGAUAUAGCUUUAAUUAAAAAAUUUAAGAAAAAAAAGAUUUCACAAGAGGUAUUUGACGCAGCUUUUGGAGUCUAAAAAUAUUAGUCAAGUAUCACACGAGACACUUUCGAGACGUCUAAUUAAUUUUAUUAAACUACAAUAACAAUACAAUAAAACGUUCGCAAACUUCGUAUGGCGAACACAACAUACAAUCAAACGCCUGUGUAAGGCCCAAUGCUGUUUAUCCCCUCUUCAUUCGGCCUCUGAAGGCGCCCCCUCUUCGUAGCAGUUCAUUGGCCGUCAAAUGGUAGAACAGCUUCGAAGGAGGAAUUGCAAUCUUUCGUACCAGGACAUAGGUAAAUAUGUACAGUUGAAA